GCGGCCGGUGCCCGACGAUCCCAUCGCCGACCCCGACUUCACGGACGAGAUCCGCAACGCGACGGUGGCCGUGGGCCGCGAGGCAGUCCUCUCCUGCCCAGUCUCCAACCUGGGACCCUACAAGGUGGGGUGGCUGAGGGCGGAGGACCAGACGGUGCUGGCGCUGCACGACAAGGUGGUGACGCACAACGCGCGCAUCACCGUCUCGCACGACGGGGAGCGCACGUGGCGGCUGCACAUCCGCCAGGUCAAGGAGACGGACCGCGGCUGCUACAUGUGCCAGAUCAACACUAGCGUCAUGAAGAAGCAGCUCGGCUGCCUCGACGUCCUCGUUCCACCCGACAUCGUGGACGACGCGACGAGCUCCGACGUGACGGUGCGCGAGGGCGACGACGCGACGCUGGUGUGCCGGGCCACGGGCAAGCCGGCGCCGCGCGUCGUGUGGCGCCGCGAGGACGGCGAGCCGAUGCUCAUCCGCAGCGGGCCCAGGGAGGUCGCCAAGCUGGACACCGUCAACGGGGACGAGCUGCGGCUGUCGAGACUCGACCGCCGACAGAUGGCCGCCUACCUGUGCAUCGCGUCCAACGACGUACCGCCGGCGGUCAGCAAGCGCAUCACGCUCAACGUCAACUUUUCUCCUGUGGUUAAAGUGCCCAACCAGCUGGUUGGUGCGCCCCUGGGGACAGACGUUCAGCUGGAGUGCUUCGUGGAGGCCUUCCCCAACACCAUCAACUACUGGGUCAAGAACCGCGGCGAGAUGCUGCUAGACGGAGUGAAGCACCACGUGGAGGAGGAGCGGUUCUCCUACAAAGUGCACCUGCGACUGACGAUUCGAAACAUUACGGCCAAGGACUUGGGCACGUACACCUGCGUCUCCACCAACUCACUGGGCCACAACGACGGGACGGUUCGCCUCUACGAGAUCAAAAUCCCGACAAGACCGCCGACAACGACUACGAUAAUGCCAGAGACUACCGUCCCAGCACUAAAGACAACUACUAUACGACCGGAUCGGACGAACGCGCUGAUCCUCACUACCAGCCCGCCGCUGCAGGCGAUGGUGGCGGCGUCACCGGUGGAGCCGCUGCCGCAGCCGCCUGGCCCGUCGCGCGACCUGCCGGGGGCGGCGUCUGCCUCGGGGGCGGCGGGGGCAGCAGGUGCGGGGGCGAGCGUGAGUUCGGGAGCGCGCCGCGGCGCCGUGUCCAGGGGCGCGAGAACGACGGCGGCGCACUGGCUGCUGCCGCUGCUGCUGCUGCCGCUACUCACGCCGGCCGCCACCGACUGCCGGUGA